AUGAAUCAAUUACAGUGUCCUCUUGGCUGUGGUAGAACUUUUGAUGAUAACAAGCGAAUGGAGGAUCAUAUUAAAACCAGAAAUUUUCUUUAAUAGAAAGCCAAUCCUAUUCUAUAGGAGAAUACAAAUAUAAAAAUUACCAUAAUUACACAAUAAUCUUUAGUAAACUCAAUUGUCAUAUUCAACAACUUAAUAAUAAAUGUCGGAAUCAGAUAUACAACAACAAUUACCCCCAAAACCUAAUUAAAAAUAUAAUUGCAAUUCAAAAAAAAUACUCCUAUUCGUCUAAGUUCUAAUGUUAGAAAAAUAGAUGAUGUAUAAAAAGUUGAUCAUUAAAAAGAUAAGGAAUAGAAUGAUAAUAAAGAAACAUAAUAGACUAUUAAGAUAAUUGAACCCUCUCCAGUUAUAUCAGCAAAUGAUUUGAUGGAGGCAAGAAAAGUGAUCACUAAAUAAUUUAUUUGCACCAACAUAACAAACUUGUCUCUUAUACAUAAAAACCUCUUGAUUUUUGAAAGCACUACAGAAGUCCCUUUUUCUGAAUUAAUUAGUGCCUUAAAGAGUCUAUCAUUAUCAUAAAACAAUUUGAUAAAUGUCAUAGGAAUUAGUGUAUUAUAAAACAUUGUGGAUUUAAAUGUCAACAACAAUAAAAUAACAACUCUAUAGCCUUUAGGUGAUUGUAAAAGACUUUAGAGAUUGUAUGCCAAUCAUAAUCUAAUUAAUUCAAUAGAGCUUGGAUUAAUGAUCCAUUUAAAGAUAUUUUAAAUUGGGGAUAACUAAUUACUGACUUCGAACUAUUGA